CAGGCCGGGCCGCGCCGCCGAGGUGCCCGGAGAGAGGCCCGCGCCGCGAGCGGGACACCGCGGCCUCCGCUGGAUGCUGGUGAGAACUCUGUGACUGAAGAAUUCUCACUGGAUUCACUGAACAGAAGCUGUUUGUGCAAGCAUAUUGGUUUUGAUGAAACUUGCACUGGGAAAGGCUUGCAGGCUGGAAUUUUGGUCAGCCCAAGGAGACUGAUUCCAGAAUAGUCGGUUUGUGCAUUCAGAGGUAAAGUCUCUGGGCUGAAUUGAAGAUCUCUCCUGGAUCACUGUAAGAGCUUGGAUUGCUGUCUGCGCUGGGUCCUAAGAACUUGGAAAAACAGUCAGGAUGCACUUUCUGGUCAACACAUCCAAGCUCUUCUGCCAGAGUGUAUUCUGAGAGCAGCUGCAUGCUUACAGGAGGCACUUUAUGAGGAGGAAAUUUUUCUCUUGGGUCUCAUCUUGACUGAGGAUCUCCCAGUCUUUAAGCAGCAAGAAGAAAGUCCUCUCACAUUCUCUGGAGAUGGCUCUUGAAGUUAAAUGAGGGCUGGAUAAAACACAUAAAUGAAGCAGAAGCUGCUCUGCAUGUGUUAGGGCUAUAUCACCACAAGCACUGCUGAUCAGCCAGACGUGGUAACUUGUCAUAAUGAAGAAAAUUAGUCUCAAAACAAUUCGCAAGUCCUUUAACUUAAAUAAAAGUAAAGAUGAAAGUGACUUUGUAGUGGUUCAACAGCCAUCUUUAAGUGAAUUUGGAAAAGAUGACUCCCUAUUUGGCAGCUGCUAUGGUAAAGAUUUGGCUAGCUGUGAAGUCAAUAGUGAAGAUGAAAAAGGAGGCAAAAAUAGAUCAAAAAGUGAAAGUUUAAUGGGUACGUUAAAAAGGAGGCUUUCAGCAAAACAAAAGCAAAAAGGCAAAGGCAGCACACCAUCUGGAAGUUCUGCAGAUGAUGACACCUUUUCUUCGUCAUCUGCUCCAAUAACUUUCAAAGAUGUGCGAGCUCAAAGACCUCUGAGAUCCACUUCCCUCCGUAAUCAUCAUUACAGUCCAACUCCAUGGCCCCUUCGACCUACAAAUUCAGAAGAGACUUGCAUAAAAAUGGAAGUGAAAGUCAAGGCCUUGGUCCAUUCCUCUAAUCCAGGCCCAGCACUGAAUGGUGUUCGAAAGGACUUCCAUGACUUGCAGUCAGAAAACGUGUUCCAGGAACAAAACAAUGUAUUAAAAAAUACGGAAUCUCAGAAUGGGGACUUGCAUCUUCAUAUUGAUGAACAUGUGCCUGUAGUUAUUGGAUUAAUGCCUCAGGACUACAUUCAGUAUACUGUGCCUUUAGAUGAGGGAAUGUAUCCUUUGGAAGGAUCACGUAGUUACUGUCUGGAUAGUUCCUCACCCAUGGAAGUUUCAACUGUUUCUUCUCAAGUGGGAGGAAACGCUUUCCAUGAAGAAGAGAGUCAAGUGGAUCAGGAUGUAGUAGUUGCACCGGAUAUCUUUGUGGACCAGACAGUGAAUGGUUUGUUGAUUGGUACCACAGGAGUCAUGUUGCAAAGUCCAAGAGUUAAUCACAGUGAUGUCCCUCCACUUUCACCUUUGCUACCUCCAAUGCAGAAUAAUCAAAUCCAAAGGAACUUUAAUGGAUUGAAUGGCACUGAUGCCCAUGUGGCCGAAAGUAUGCGCUGCCAUUUGAAUUUUGAUCCUAACACUGCCCCUGGAGUUGGAAGAGUUUAUGAUUCUGUACAGAACAGUGGUCCUAUGGUUGUGACAAGUCUCACAGAAGAACUGAAAAAACUUGCAAAACAAGGAUGGUACUGGGGCCCCAUUACGCGUUGGGAGGCAGAGGGAAAAUUAGCUAAUGUGCCUGAUGGCUCGUUUCUUGUUCGAGACAGUUCUGAUGACCGUUAUCUUUUAAGUUUGAGUUUUCGUUCCCAUGGGAAAACACUUCACACUAGAAUUGAACAUUCAAAUGGUAGGUUUAGCUUUUAUGAACAACCAGAUGUGGAGGGGCAUACGUCUAUAGUUGACCUAAUUGAACAUUCGAUCAGGGACUCUGAAAAUGGAGCUUUCUGCUAUUCAAGAUCCCGAUUGCCUGGAUCUGCAACUUAUCCAGUGAGACUAACAAAUCCAGUAUCUCGGUUUAUGCAGGUGCGUUCUUUACAAUACCUGUGUCGUUUUGUAAUACGUCAGUACACCAGAAUAGACCUGAUUCAGAAACUGCCUUUGCCAAACAAAAUGAAGGAUUAUUUACAGGAAAAGCACUACUGAAAGCUUAUGGGAAUCUUGCAUCUUGCACUUUGGGAACAACAACAACAAAAGAGAUUGAAUUACAGUUUACAAACUUUCAUUAUUAUCAAAAUCUUUUGCUGCCAUAACAAUAUUUCAUUUUUGUGUGUAAAAGAAAGGUAAUGCAUUUGGAUUUAUGUUUGUUUUGGGGAGGGGGGUUGUGUAUUUUGGGGGGCUUUUUUUUUUUUUUUUUUUUUUUUUGUAAAGAAUGAUCUCAACUUUAUUUUUAGAAGUGUGAAAUAGCUAUCUUUCAUCAAUGUGCAGAUUAAUCACAAUGUGAAUGAUCAAAUUAUCCUUAAUUUCCCCCAAGUCCUUUGCUGCUAUCCACUGUGAUUUUUAUGCAUUGAAAGCACAUUUCAUGUGUAUUCAACCAUAAGUAAAAGUCAAUGAAACUUGUUCAAUGGGUUUUUAUUCCUUUAAAAUAGCCUGUUUAAAAAGAUGAUCAUGGUUAAAACAUUGGUAUUCUAAAUUAAAGAAUUUACAUCUAUCCUAAAAAUGAUUUCUUAGUUUCCUAAUUAUAAAUUUCUAAUAUGGAAGAGCUGUGUGAUAAAGACAUGCUUAUGCAGCAGAUAUCUUAAAAACAAACAAAAAACCCCAAACCCAAUAAAGAACAAAGCAUCUUUCUUUUAAGCCUUGUAUUGUCUGUACACUACUUUGUGUUUGAGAAAGUUGGUUCGGCUUUCUUAUUGUCUCAGUAUUUUGUUCUUCUAAAAAUGGCCUUUUAAAAAAAGAAGUGUGUGAGUGUCAAUUCAUCAUACCUAUGAGGAAGUUGCAGUAUCGGGAUGACAUCAAAUAUCUUUAAAUGCCAUCAGUUAAUUGAGCAAACUCCUACCAGGACCCCUCUUUCUGUUGUUGACCCUCUUACCUCCCUUUGGGCAAAAAUAUGCCCUGAAAUUGUAGGAAGACUCUAGGAAAAGCUUUUACUGAAAUACGAACUGAUAAACCAUUUCAGGGAUUGGGUAAAACUUCUAAUAGAAGGAUUUCUACAAUAUUUAUUAAAAAUACUAGGAGUUUCAGGAUUUUCCAUUUUUCUGUAAAGGAAAAAAUAGGACUAAUAAUAUUUUGGAUGGAAGUUGCUUGAAAUGAAUCUCUAAAGCUCUAUUCUCAUAGGCCUCAAUAUUCUGGGGAGGGGAGGUUUGAAUAUAUAAUGACCACAGAAAAUAUUUCAGUUAACUGUCAUGAAAUAUGUUUUGACAUAUGAAAUAUUGAAUCCAUUAAGUAAAUUUUUAUGAUAUCUGUCGAAGAUUCUGGCAUUUGAAAAGCUUAUAGUUAUUCUGACAUUCGAUAGGGAAAAAGACUUUUAGUUGGGAAUACAGGUUCCACACUGCAAUCAUUCAUUCUUGCAAUGUUAAUCCAUGGCAUUUUUUGUUUCCUUUUCUUUUUUUUCUUUUUUCCUUUUUUUUUAAAUUUUUUUACUCCUCCUCCUUGCCCGUGAUUCUGUCCCUUUUAUGUUAAAGGGAUCAUGGCUAACAGACUUGGAAGGGAGGCUUACUCUGCCCGCCUCCCUCUGUCCCUAGAUUUUAGUAUUUCAGAGUGUCAUCUUCCCCAUCUCUGGUAGGAUUUACUGGUUAGUAAACAUCACCAUAGAAAGGGCUGUUUAUCUUUGAUACAUCUUUCUUUUUUUAGGUCAUUUUCUUCUUUUUGUUUUAUCUGGCCUUUUGCCCCCUGAAGUGAGUCUUUAGUAAUGAAUACACUAUUGCUGCAAGGUGGUGUAAUAGCACUACAUCUUGGGUUGCCUGAAUUGAUAGACAAAAUUUAUAUUUUUUUAAUUUAUUUUUUGACCAUAAUGUUUAACAAAAAAGUAAAAAAAAAAAAAAACACAAAAAACAAAAAAAAAUUACAAA